AAAAAUAUAACAAAAAAAUCAUUCAUUGUUUUUUAAAUUUUCACGUACGUGUAUCGGCAUUAGACAAAAAGGCGGAAUUAGAAAAUUGAAAGUGUUUUAUUCUUUUGCAUGUGUGUGUGUGUGUAUAUAUUCGUGUAAGUCUUGCACGAAGGCAGUGAGAGGAAGACGAGGAGCGCAUCUGUAUGUAUGAAUGUAUGUACAGAAUUGUAUGUUCAUUCAUCUAUCUAUGUACAUACGGACUUGAUAAAUGAAAAUUCGCCAAAGAAACUGAAAAGCAGAAGCAACGGGCAACGGCGACGACCUGACAAAAGUAAAUCGAAAAUAUUCUACGCAUCUCGCUGAAAGAGAGCAAGACGACGGACGACAGUGUGAGAGUGGAAGAGACAAAAAGCUCGGAAAUUCAACAGUAAACAGCAAGCAUCUAUCACUAUAACAUCACACCACAGGCGAAAAUUCGAAAUCAGCUGUGCGAAAGAGAGUCUUGAAAAUUAUUAUAAAACUGUGCUGUAUGUGUGCUGCUCUCCCCUACACUCCCCUCCCAUAACGUGCAUGUGGACGGACAAUUGAUAUUGAUAUUGUGUAAAACAAACGACUACGAGAAGAGAGGCAAACAGCAAAAAGCCAACGGAUUUGGUAACGUUAGAAGUUGCUGCCGCUUGCAUUUGCUUUGCGAAUCGAAAACAAACACAAGACGCUGCCUUUGAUUGAAAUCGAGAUUAUUGACGCCUCUUCUCUCCUGUAAUGGCUCUGCUUCGUGUCUUGAGCGCCCAACGUUCAACAGUAUAUUUGGUUUAUUGUCGCAAUAGUGUUAAUAAAAGCAACUUGGCAGCGGCUACUGCUGUUGCCAACUGCAGGCGAGACCAGCGUAGACAACACUCAGGAAAGGCCGCAAGCUGUGCCAGCAAUAGCAUCAGCGAUGAGGAAUAUGCUCUGCUUAGCGCAUUAGACGCCUUGCCACAGCGGCAACAUCAACAUCAUCAACAUCAUCAUCAUCAGCAGCAGCGCAAGCAGCUGCUACAAAUCCUCGCAGCCGGCCAUGGCACUGUACGAGGUGUGCAUUCGAUGCCGCGCCAGCAGCAGGCUCAGCUGGCGGCCGCCGAGCUCGCCGUCGAGGACAAGCAACGCGUACACUUGGAGCCGGCCAAACCCAAUCCGGCUGGCACACCGCAGCGUGAUCCGUUAGAUGUCAGCUUCAACGAUCCCAUAGCGGCGUUCAAAAGCAAGACCACGUGGGAGCUGCUGCGUGCCUAUCUUGUUUAUAUGAUCUGUUCCAGUGAGAAAUUGGUUGAGCACAAUAUGCAGCUUUUGAAAUUGGCCCGCUCCUUGCUUGGGGGCAAACUGUUUGUGAUGCUGAUGAAGUCCAGUUUCUAUGGACACUUUGUGGCCGGCGAGAAUCGUCAUACGAUUGUGCCCACGCUUGAGAGACUUCGCUCGUUUGGCGUCAAGCCCAUUCUUGACUACUCCGUGGAGGAGGACAUCAGCCAAGAGGAGGCCGAGAAGCGUGAGGUUGAAGCUUCAGUUUCAAGCGCGGGCGAUAGUGUAAAAGACGAGGGCUCCAUGCCGCAGUAUCAUGUCGAUAAAUCCUUCGCUGAUCGUCGCUACAAAGUCAGCAGUGCUCGCACCUAUUUCUAUCUAAAUGAGGCCACCUGUGAGCGCAACAUGGAAACGUUCAUCAAGUGUCUUGAGGCUGUUUCGGCUGACGAUGCCAAGGAGCCGCGAGCUCUGCAAUUGGGUGGCGCCACCUUUGGCACUGGCAUCACAGCCAUUAAAUUGACCGCAUUGGGCCGUCCACAGCUGUUGCUGCAAUUAUCUGAGGUUAUUAUGCGCACACGAAAAUACAUGGAGGAUCUUGUGGGUGGUCAGGGCAAUGUGUUGACCCAUCAUAAGACGAUCAAGGAUCUCGAGAAGUAUUAUGCCACCGUUGGUGACAACAAGGAUGUCCAGCAUUUCUUAAAGAACGUCACAUCGGAUAAGGAGGGCAUAUUGCAUCUGUUCCCCUGGUCGGGCAUUGUGGAUGAGGACUCACAGCUGAGCGAUACAUUCCGUGUGCCCGAUCCAAAGACAGGUCAGAUGCGUCGACUGAUCUCACAAAUACCGCCCAAAGAAGAGGAAAUGUUUAGGAAUAUGAUUCGUCGCUUAAACACAAUUGUAAAGACUGCUGCUGAUCUGGAUGUGCGCAUUAUGAUUGAUGCCGAGCAGACCUAUUUCCAGCCAGCCAUAUCGCGCAUAACGCUGGAAAUGAUGCGCAAGUAUAAUAAAGACAAGGCCAUAGUAUUCAAUACCUAUCAGUGCUAUUUGCGCGAGUCCUUCCGUGAGGUGGGCACCGAUUUGGAGCAAGCGAAGCGUCAGAACUUCUACUUCGGCGCCAAACUGGUGCGCGGCGCUUACAUGGAACAGGAGCGUGCACGCGCCCAGGCAUUGGGCUAUCCAGAUCCCGUCAACCCCAACUAUGAAGCCACCACAGAUAUGUACCACAAGACACUCGCCGAGUGCCUGCGUCGCAUUAAGGUGCUGAAGGAUUGUGGUGACGAUGCCAAAAAGAUUGGCAUUAUGGUUGCAUCGCACAACGAGGAUACAGUGCGCUUUGCCAUUGAGAAAAUGAAGGAGAUUGGCAUCUCGCCAGAGGAUAAGGUCAUCUGCUUUGGCCAAUUGCUGGGCAUGUGUGAUUACAUCACCUUCCCACUGGGUCAGGCUGGCUAUUCCGCUUACAAGUAUAUACCGUACGGUCCAGUUGAGGAGGUGCUGCCUUAUUUGUCGCGUCGCGCGCAGGAAAAUAAGGGUGUGCUAAAGAAGAUCCAAAAGGAGAAGCGUCUGCUGCUCGCCGAGAUUCGUCGACGCCUGAUGCGUGGUCAGCUCUUCUACACGCCCAAGGGCAACUAUGUGCCCAUCUAAGUGGUCGGUCUAGUGAGUUAAAGCUGCAGGAUACAGCGAAAAGACAACACUCAAUACCAUAUAUAUUUUGACAAGUAAACAAGCAGAGAGAGACACACACCACACACACAUACAGACACACACACAUACACACCACACACACAUACAGACAGACAGACACAGUUGCUCCGUAUUGCGUAUUAAGCGCAUUGAUCAUAAACAGAGAUUCAAUUCUUUAUGAUGUUUAUUUAUAUUUCUUGUUUGUUUGUUAUAUUCUAAAUGUUUUAACGCCUGGAGGGGUCUACCAUAUGUAUAUGCAUAUAUACAAAAAUAGUGUUUUUUUUUUUUUUUUAAAUUUAGGAAGCAAAGAACCAUUAAGUAAUU